AUGUCUGGAAACCCCGUACCUCUCACCGUCAUCAAGGGCGCUGGCUUUGAGCACAUCCCUCUGCCAAACGGCGUCAACGCCACUACAGCCGACUUCCACAGCAUCCGCACAAAGACCGACUCCCCCGCUCACAUCACCUCUGGUUUCUACAAGAUUGAGGCCGGCCCUGCCCGUCCUGCGCAGUACAACUUUGAAGAGUCAAAGUAUGUUCUGAGCGGUCAAGUCGAUGUUCUGGACGAGGCCACUGGUAUCACCCAUCACCUCACCGCUGGUGACUUUGCCUUCUUCCACGUCGGCUCCAAGGUCCAGUUCUCUACCAAGUCUCAGGGUUUUGCUUUCUACGUCGUCACUCGACCUGUUCGUGAUGCCCACCCUAACUUGAAGGGUCGGGAGGAGGAGACCAAGUCGCGCUUGUAA